AUGAGGAGGAGAGUGAGAAAAGAUGAAGAAGACGAAGGUGAUCAGGAGGACAGUGAUGACGAGCAAACUAACACCAAGAAGCCCAUCAAGGUAACUUCUUCGACCACCAAGAAACAACCCCCUAGCAAGAAGCCAACCCGCAGGAGGGCCCACGACAGUGAUGAUGACGACGAUAUCGUUCUGACAAGCAAGCCCAAGAGAUCCAAAGGCCAGGCAUCUGCUUCCUCAUCUAGCAAAAGGCAAAGUGCCAAGUCAUCCGCUCAACACAAUGAGGACGACGACUCCGAAGACGAUAUCAUCGACGUGACCCCCAAAUCUACAAAGUCAAAGUCAAAGGCUACCCAGAAGCAACCCAGCAAAGCCACAGUCCCCUCUCUUACCAAGAAGCAAACUUUCAAGACCCCCAAGGAUGCCGACUCCGAGAACGAUGACGACGAAGACUCCUCCGACGACGAAGCCCCCAACAUCACCCUCACAGAACGCAAAGGCGAUCUCUUCGCCGCCCCAGCAAACACCCUCCUCGUCCACGCCUGCAACUGCGCCGGGAGCUGGGGCGCCGGCAUCGCGGCCGCCUUCAAGAAAACCUACCCAGACCACUUUGCUAUCUACACCGCCCACUGCAAAUCUAAAACGCCAAACUCCUUACUCAGCACCUGCCUACUCAUUCCUCCCCAGCCCAAAGGCGCCAAACACUGGAUCGGCUGUCUGUUUACUUCUCGCAAAUACAGCAGAGGCAAAGACAGCAAAGACGACAUCAUGGACAGCACGGACUCGGCACUACAGGAUAUGCUCGAGCAACUGGAGGAUCUCGAGAAGCAGCCAACGGGGAUCUGGAUGUGCAAGAUCAACUCGGGCUCUUUCAGGGUGCCAUGGAGUCAGACCAAGGCGCUGAUUGAGACGCUGACUUUCAAGGGAGGUCUGCAUAUCCAAAUCGUAGACAAGAAGUGA